GCUUUGUCCUGAGGGUAAUGGGGAGGCAUUGAAGAAUUUCGAGAGGGGAGAGCCUUGCUCAGACUCGUGUUUUGGAGAUCACUGGGCUUUUGAGAGGAAGAUGGACUGGACCAGGAAGGCCUGGAAGCUGGGGCAUGAGUUCACGGCUGUGGUGCAGCAGAGAGAUGGAGGAGGAGCAGGAGACGAAUUCAGGACACAUCCAGGGUGUCUCCCUAAGCAGAGGGACCCGCACACAGAGACUCCCUCCUGGGCUCCUGGCACCAUGGCCCCACUGAAGAUGCUGGCCCUGGUCAUCCUCCUCCUGGGGGCUUCUCUGCAGCACAUCCAUGCAGCUCGAGGGACCAACGUGGGCCGGGAGUGCUGCCUGAAGUACUUCAAGGGAGCCAUUCCCCUUAGAAAGCUGAAGACGUGGUACCAGACACCCGAGGACUGUUCCAGGGAUGCCAUUGUUUUUGUAACUGUCCAGAACAAGGCCAUCUGUUCGGACCCCAACGACAAGAAAGUGAAGAAGGCACUUAAAUACCUGCAAAGCCUCUAGAGGUCUUGAAGCCUCCUCACCUCAGACCCCUGACUGUCUCCCGGGACCACCUGGGACCUCCACCGUUGGUGUUCACCGCCCCAACCCUGAGCACUUGGGUCCAGGGGAGGCCUUCCAAGGACAAAGAAGCGCCACAGUGAGGGAGAUCCCAUCCCCUUGUCUGAACUGGAGCCAUGGGCACAAAGGGCCCAGAUUAAAUUCUUUCUCCUCAA